AUGACUGCAGCUGUGGGAAGCUCAUCGGACGUUGUUUCGCAAGGGAUUACCGAUGAACAAAGCGUGGCGCAGGUGUCAGCGAGCAGAGCGGAAAGACUUAAAGAGGGCCUGGUUAGUCGAUUCAAGAUGGUGGGAAGAAAGUUCAACAUACUGGACAGCCUUUUCAAGAAAAAUACCGGGACGGUGUCGUUGCAAUACGGUGCCAAUGCGGAUGGUGUUUUCAGUAAUUUGACUGCAAAACCUGACAACAACAGAAACACAGAGCAGCAAGAAUCUGACAAGCCACCCAAUUAUGACGAGGCCGCCUUAGACAUGGCUCCGUCUUACUUUGGUGUUGAUGACGACAAUUUUGCCAUGUACUGCAAUGAAAUCUGUUUCGAGGGUUUACCCGUGGGAAAUGUUGUGAACUUGCUGUGGAACAUCAUAGUCAGCGUCAGCUUCCAGUUUGUCGGAUUCCUGUUGACAUACAUACUUCACACGUCUCAUGCGGCUAAACAAGGCUCGAGGUUCGGCCUGGGGCUGACCUUUUUGAGUUACGGCUACUCUAUGAUUCCUAAUGACAUAACCACCAAAGUUGGAAAAAGCAAAACUCUUGACAGACUGAAACCAUCGGAUCCAAAUGAGUACGACGACAUGCAUUUGUACACGGGUAGUGCUGUGAAGGAUGGUUUUGAGUCUAAUCUGAGCCAUGGAAUCGAAGAAAAGCGGGACAACCUACCAUUUUUGGCCAUUGUCCUCUUUGUUGGCGGCACAUUUAUAAUGAUCAAGAGCAUCUACGAUUAUGUCAAGGUCAAGAGAAAGGAAAAACAGUACUUGGCGCAGGAGCCUGUAUAA